GCAUCGACAAACACAGCAAACAAAAUUCCAAUUCUAUCAUUCUCAACUAUCAGUUUUAGCAAUUCUACUAUCUAAUUCACCAACAACGACGAUGGCGUUGAUUCCAAGCAUUUUUGGUGGGCGCCGGAGCAACGUCUUCGAUCCCUUCUCCUUAGACGUUUGGGAUCCUUUCGAAGGCUUCCCAUUUUCAAGCUCUCUGGCCAACGUCCCCUCCUCUGCUCGCGAGACCUCUGCUUUUGCCAACACCCGCAUCGACUGGAAGGAGACCCCGGAAGCCCACAUCUUCAAGGCCGAUCUUCCAGGGAUCAAAAAGGAGGAGGUGAAAGUUGAAGUUGAAGAGGGGGGAGUGCUGCAGAUCAGUGGAGAGAGAAGCAAAGAGCAGGAGGAGAAGAACGACAAAUGGCAUAGAAUUGAACGAAGCAGUGGGAAGUUCCUGAGGAGGUUCAGGCUGCCGGAGAACGCAAAAGCAGGAGAGGUGAAGGCGAGCAUGGAGAAUGGAGUGCUGACGGUGACAGUGCCUAAGAUGGAAGUGAAGAAGCCGGAAAUCAAGAGCAUUGACAUCUCUGGCUGAUGUUGUGUUUUGGUUAUUGUGAUGAGUGAAGGGUUAAAUAAAAACAUGUAAUUUAGUAAUGUUUGUUACAUUGGAAAGUCGAAAAGGAGUCUGGUCGGUCUGGUCGGUCUGGUCGUGUACUAAACACAGUAUUUCAUAUUUCGUCGUUGAUGUAUAAGAUAUGAAUAUCCAAUUCUCUUCGUCUCUAAUAAAAAACGACAAAAAAAAUUGAAUUGGACAUCU